AUGCCUGGAGAAGACAAUGGGAGAGCGACUCACGACCAAUGGCAGGAAGUACUCCAAAUGGCCAGUAUCAAUCAGAAAUCGCUAGGCUUUGAACAAGCAACGGGAUAUGUACUGACAGCUUACAUGAUGGGGAAAAGCUCUGAAUUCCAAUUCAGGAGAAAAAAGAAAGCUGGAGGAGCAGCUAAACCGAAGAAAACUGCCGCCGCUACCAAACGUUUUGCUACCGGUGAAAAGGCAAAAUCUGUAAAGAAAGAGUCUAAUGCUAAAAAUGCCGCAUCAAAGGCAGAGAAGAAGCCAGCCAAGGCGAAAAAAGUUGAAAAGAAGUUCUUACCAAAAACUGCGUCAUCAUCCGUAGUUCCGACUUCCGCAGAGGCUAAAGCAAAAACACCAACCAAGGCGAAGGAAUCAAAUAAAGGAAGUCCUACGAAAAAACCAAAGGCACCCAAGCCGAAAACAGCCAAGGCUGCAGCAAGUUCACCAAAAGCUAGAAAGGCUGCUCCUAAGAAGAAGAAGUAG